UCAACCAUAGGUGGGUGUCUGGUCUGACGGGGGGUAUAAAUGUCCACGUCAGUGGAGAGAGCAAUUUAGUCUCGGCAAAACUUCCAGCAGAUGAGGAUGCGCGGUGUUGUUAUGGUGAUGCUGUUGCCGGUGCUAAUGAGGGCGGUUUCAGAAUGCAGGUCCAGCUGUCGACUUACCAAUAUCUCCAUUACUGUGGAAAGUGAGGAAUGUGGCAGCUGUAUCACAAUUGACACCACUGCUUGUGCUGGACUCUGCAGAACACAGGAGAGAGUUUACCGAAGCCCCAUGAUGCAGCACUACCAGAACACCUGUAACUUUCUAGAAUGGACCUAUGAGACCUAUGAAUUCAAAGGCUGUCCUGUUGGGGUUGACUCAGUUUUCACCUACCCUGUGGCCCUUAGUUGUGAUUGUAGCAAGUGUAACACUGACAUCACAGAUUGUGGUGUUCUCAGCCACCAGACAACCACCUGCAAUGUACAUUAGACAUUGAAGCCAAAACCAAAUAAAACUG